AUGGCUCCUGAUCGUAAAAAAUGGGCUAAUCCUAUAGAAUUCUUUUUAACAUUGGUGGCAUUCGCUGUUGGCUUAGGAAAUAUUUGGCGUUUUCCGUAUCUUUGUUUUAAAAAUGGAGGAGGCGCGUUUCUUAUACCAUAUACAUUGAUGCUUAUAUUUAUUGGUGCACCUGUUUUCUAUCUUGAAUUAACAUUAGGACAAUUUACUAGUGCUGGUCCACUAGUUGUUUGGAAUGUUAAUCCACUAUUACGAGGUAUUGGCUAUGCAUCAUUAGCUACAAAUUGUUUCUGGGGUCUAUAUUAUAUGGUGCUCAUCGCCUACUGUUUUUAUUAUCUAAUAGCUUCAUUUCAACUUAUUGUUCCAUGGUCAACAUGUAAUAAUUGGUGGAAUACGCCAUUGUGCAUGGAUAAAAUGACAUUAGCUAAUUUAAGUCAAAGUGACCUGAUUUCAAUGAGAAAUAUGACAACUUCACCUAGUGAAGAAUAUUUUUAUCGUCGAGUACUAGAAAUGAGUAAAGGAAUCGAACAUCCAAAUGGUAUUGUUACUGAAUUAGCUGUUGCUUUAGCUAUAGCUUGGCUUAUUUGUUUUUUGGCAUUAUCAAAAGGUGUCCAAUCACUGGGCAAAGUUGCAUAUUUUACUGCUCUAUUUCCUUAUGCAAUGUUAACUGUUUUGAUUAUUCGUGGAGCAACAUUAAGUGGUGCUGUUGAAGGUAUACGAUUUUAUAUGGGAACAGUUAAUUUCAGCAUGUUAGCACAGCCAUCUGUAUGGAAAGAUGCAUGCACACAAGUAUUUUAUGCAUUAAGUUGUUGCAGUGGUGGUCUUAUUGCAAUGGCAUCAUUUAAUGAUUUCAAUAACAAUGUUUAUCGUGACACGUUGGCUAUUUGUAUUGUUACAUGGUUUACAAGUGUAUUUGGUGGUUUUGCAAUUUUUACAGUUUUAGGCCAUAUGGCUACAAAAAUGGGUGUAAGUGUCGCUGAUGUAGCUAAAGGAGGACCCGGUCUAGCAUUUGUUGUCUUUCCGGAAGGCCUAUCAAUGAUGCCAUUUGCACCUCUAUGGUGUGUUCUAUUCUUUUUAAUGAUGUGUACACUUGGUUUUGGUUCUGUAUUUUCUAUUAUGGAAACAGUCAUGGCAAGUAUUAUUGAUCAAUAUAAACAAUAUUUAAAUACGCAGAGAAGAAUCAUGAUUUUUCGAUUUUGUUUAUCGCUUGUUUUCUUUCUUCUUGGCCUAUCUAUGAUAACUAGAGGUGGUCUUUAUGUUUUGAAUGUAAUUGAUCAAGCUCUGGGUGGUUUUCCUUGGCUAAUAAUCGGUGUGAUAGAACUAUUCUCUAUUGCAUGGGUUUAUGGUAUGGAAAAUUUUUGUGACGAUAUUGCAAUUAUGCUAGGUGAAGCACGACGUCCAAGUAAAUUCUGGCAAAUAUGCUGGAAAUAUAUAUCACCUCUUAUUCUUCUUUGUACAAUUGUCUUUUCUUCUCUAUUCUACCAAGACAUAACACUAGAUGAUUAUAUAUAUCCACCAUGGGCACUUACACUUGGUUGGAUAGUAGUAAUAUUAUGUCUUGGUUGGCUUCCGUAUAUUUUUUUUAUCGAAAUUUGUCGUCGGGGAACUUGGCGUAUAAUCAAAGAAGCACGUCUACCUAGUAUCAGUUGGGGACCAGCAAGAGAUGAGCAUCGACAAUUAUCAACUCGCUAUGCAAAAGAUAAUAAACUGAAAAGCCUAAGUAUGCAAACAUUAACAACGAUUGACAGUGGUAAUUUUGAUUCAAACACAAUAGUGGAUUCAACCUCAUUUAUCAAAAAUGAUGCGCACCUGCCGAUUACAUCUUUUUGA